CACCAAGGAACUCCAGACAGCCAGGGCGCCUUGCUGUACCUGCUUGCCGCUCGGUCAAAGUCAUCUCAGGUGUUCGGCCAAAUUUCGAGUCAUAAUCACCCGGCCAUUGCACCCUUAUAAGCAGGCCGUUGAUCUCGUUACUUUGACCCCAAUUCCUCGCGCAACCGUCACCUCUUCAGCUCCAUCUCGUAGAUUUUGGACAACUAUUCACAAUGGCCGAACCCACGCCAAAUCCCGCCCCUCCUGCUGAGACCCCAGAGGUUGCUGGUGAGGAUGCUGGCCCCUCCAAGAAGGCCCUGAAGAAGGCUGAGGCCAAGGCUAAAAAAGAGGCCGAGAAAGCCAAGCGGGCCGCUGAGAGAGCUGCUGCUACUGCUCAGGCCAACGCUGCUGCUGCUGAGGACCAUGCCACGGGCAAUUAUGGCCAAGAGACUCACGAGACCAAGUUGUCCGAGGAUGCCACCGAGAUCAGUCUUAAGACGCUCAACGAUGAGCAUCUCGGCAAGAAGGUCAAACUUAGAGCUUUUCUCCAGAAUGCGAGAAUGCAAGGCGCCAAGAUGGCCUUUGUUGAGCUGAGAGAAACCGGCAACUGGGCGAUCCAGGGCGUGGUUGCGGCGAACGCUGAUGGUUCAGUGAGCCGUCAAAUGGUCAAGUUUAUCGGAUCAGUUAACCCUGAGUCCUUUGUGGUUGUUGAAGCCACAGUCGAGAAGCCUCUUGAGCCCGUCAAGAGCUGCCGUGUCUCUAACUACGAGCUCCACUUGACCAAGCUUUUUGUCAUUUCCUCUGCUCCCGCCAUGUUGGGCAUGACCCUCUCGACAGCCAACAAGGCUGUCACAAACUUCAGCGAUGAAGAGGCCCCCGCGGAAGCGACUGUGGAAGGUGUUGAGAAGCUGAGCAUUUCUGGCGAGGUCUCCGGUCCUCCGGCCGCCUCGAUGCUUACGCAUUUGGACAACAUUGUCAUGCACAAGCGCUCUUAUGUCCAGCAGGCCAUUGCUGACAUCCGCGUUGAGGUGAAGCACCUGUUCCGUUCUUACCUGCGCGAGCACGGUUUCAAGGAGUUUGAGCCUCCCUGCCUCAUUGCUGCCGCCUCCGAAGGUGGUGCCAAUGUGUUCCGCCUGCCUUAUUUCGAGAAAGAGGCUUUCCUUGCCCAGUCACCACAGUUUUACAAGCAGAUCGAAGUUCUUGCGGGAAGAAAGCGUGUCUUCUGUGUUGGGCCCGUGUUCAGAGCCGAGAACAGCAACACACCCAGACACAUGACCGAGUUCACAGGUCUCGAUUUGGAAAUGGAGGUGACUGAUUACCAGGAAGCUUUGCACAUGCUCGAGGGUGUACUCCUUCACAUCUUCCGCACUAUCAAGAAGACUUGCGCAGAUGAGAUCGCCCUCGUACGGUCGGUAUAUCCCUCGGAGGAGUUUCUCUUACCCGAGGAGGGCAAGGAGGUCCGCUUGACUUUUGCUGAGGGCCAAAAGCUCUUGAGAGAAGAAGGCCCAGAGGAAUUCAGAAAUGUCAGUGACUUCGAGGAUAUGAGCACACCCCAAGAGAAGGCUCUGGGUGCUCUCAUCAAGAAGAAGUACAACACCGACUUCUAUGUGUUGGACAAGUUCCCAUCUGAUGCCCGCCCCUUCUACGCUAAGGAGGAUCCCACUAAUCCCAAGGUCACAUUGGCUUACGACAUGUUCAUGAGAGGGCAAGAGAUUCUGUCCGGUGGUCAGCGUAUCCACGAUCCUGUGGAGCUUGAAGCUCGCCUUCGCACCAAGGGGGUCGAUCCUAAGAGCCCGGGCAUUCGCGAAUACGUUGACCUGUUCCGUCAAGUCGGAGCGCCACCCCACGCUGGUGGAGGCAUUGGUCUUGAUCGUGUUGUUGCGUGGUAUCUCAACCUUCCCAGUGUUCACCUUGCCGCCUACUACCCACGCACCCCCAAGAGAUUGUUGCCUUGAAUGGAUAGCAUGGGAAAAAAGAUGCGGAAAAGUCCAAGGGCCUGCAGUGGUUGGCGUAGCGGGUACGAUAGAGAGUCCUAACCCAAUACACUUUAUCGGCAUGGUUCUUGUAGCAUAUAUAGUCAUAGCCAGAGUGGUUGCGCAAAAGGUCGUGAGAUGUGGUGUUGUAGAGGGACCAAUGACUACAGAAAAUUGUACUUAAGGAUUAGGUCGGGUACACUAGAAUAUGUAUAUGCAGGGUUUGCUUGUCGAGUUGGGAUGAGGGGUUGCAAAGCAACUCGCAGACAGGAAAAUGGAGAUUGCGAUAAAAUAUCAAGGGUCUGAAGGAUAGUGAACAUACC